CCCAGGCGUGAGAAAGUGGCUUUUGUACUCCCCGCAGGUGCAGGAUGAGCAGCUGCUGCGACGGGUUGGAAGAUGGUCAUUGGGAAAAUGUGGAUGAGGAACAAACUUUGGGGGUAUUGCCCCCAAAUGCUACAGCUCAGGAUGUGGCGGUGACACUUGAGAACCCAGAUGAACCAGAAAGGCAGGAAGGAAAUCAGAUAGAGAAAUGGAAGAAAAGCGCCCUCCUUUUUCAAAGCCGAGACUUCCCAGAAAUCCAGCAAACAGGAAUCACCAGAGAGAGGAAGAACAAAUGCUCCGUGUGCGGGAAAACAUUCCACGAUCACUCCAACCUCAAAAGACAUGCAAGGACCCACACGGGGGAGAAACCGUAUCGGUGCUUGUAUUGUGGGAAGAGUUUCAGUCGGAACACAAACCUGGCGUCACAUCACCGGACCCACACGGGGGAGAAGCCAUACGUAUGCUCAUUUUGCAACAAGACUUUCUGCGACAAAUCAAGCCUCAAUCGCCAUCAGAGGAUCCACAGCGGGGAGAAGCCCUAUGAGUGCGACCAGUGUGGGAAAUGCUUUGACCUGAGCCAGUCGCUGAUCAGCCACCAAAGGACCCACACGGGGGAGCGGCCCUAUCAGUGUCCCGUGUGCGGCAAGACCUUCAACCGGAGUCAAAACCUUCGGAGCCACCAGCGAAUCCACACAGGGGAGAAACUGCACAAGUGCACUGAGUGUGGGAAAAGCUUCAGCCGUAGCCAGAAUUUGUCGCGGCAUCAGAGCAGCCACACCAAGCACCAACUCUACAAGUGCCCUGAGUGUGGGAAGGGCUUCCGUCUCAGCCAGUCCCUCACUAACCACCAGAGGACCCACACAGGGGACAAACCAUACAGAUGUUCCCAGUGUGGGAAGAGCUUCAGCCUGAGUCAAAACCUUACCAGCCACCAGAGAGUCCACACGGGAGAAAAACUCUACAGAUGUUCUGAAUGUGGCAAACACUUCAGCUGGAGUCAAGAUCUGCUCCGUCACCAGAGAAUCCACACUGGGGAGCAACCGUACCGUUGCUCGGAGUGCAGUGAGCGUUUCAACCGGCGGGAGAAUCUGAUUAGGCACAUGAAAAUACAUCUGGGAGAAACCACGUAGAUGGAGGGAAGAGGUUUAGCUGUCACCAGUCCCUCAUCAAUGCAUGAAAAGAUGUAUUUCCCCCUCCAAAUCUGCACAUGAAACUGUUUUCCUUUCCUUUCUCCCACAUCUUUGAAAAAUGUUUUAACUGUAUUUUUUGAAAAGGAGCAGCGGGCUAAACGGAUCGUGAAUUGUCUUUUAAGCUUUUGUGGGGCGAUUUGCAACCUGCUAGAGUUAGAAUUAAACAAAUACCGAAGCCGAGACUGGAAAGACUGUGCAGCCAGUUGGUUAUAUUGUCUCCUGAAAGGCCUUCCAUAAGGAGCGCGUGAUCAAAUAAAAGACUGAAUGGAUUCACACAUUGCACACCUUGUGAUUUCUUGGGUUUAGACUUAGCCAGAGGCAUCCGUGGGGGAGUCAGAAAAGUCAAGUUGAUAUAGAGAGUAAGGAAGAUGACCUUGACGGAAAUAUGCAGGAAAUGUAACCUAAACAAAAGGGGCUGAAACAUUUUGAAGUCCGGAGCAACAAGAUAACGUUCAGAAGCAGCUUGGGCAGACACCUCCCUGUUUCAAUGGUAUAUAAGAAGGUGGGGAGGGAUAACUCAGACUUGCGAGAUUGUAUGAUUAUGGCCAAUCUCA